CAUUCACUUCCCCAUAUCAAAUAAGGUCACAGAGGUAUACAUUUCAACAGAGAAUUUUUCCAAAGGGGUGAUCAGAGAAAUUUCAAGAACAUGCAUUGGUUUCUGGCUAUUGUUUUCCUCAUUUUCACACUCAAUAACCUGUCAGAGGCAAAGUACGGGAAGAGGCUUCCAUCUGCAGUGGUUGUUGGCACUGUUUACUGUGACACAUGCUUCAGAACAGAUUUCUCAAGGACUAGUCACUUCAUCUCAGCGGCAUUGGUGGAGGUCGAAUGCGGGGUUACGAGUUCGAAACCGAGUUUCCGGAAAGAGACGAAAACGAACGAGCGCGGGGAGUUCAAAGUGCGUCUACCUUUCUCGGUAUCGAAACAUGUCAAGAAAAUCGAGGGGUGUUCGGUGAAGCUAAUCCGCAGCAGCGAGCCGUAUUGUUCUGUGGCAUCGACAGCAACUUCAGACUCACUCCAUCUCAAGUCAAGAAAGAAAGGGAUUCACAUUUUCUCAGCUGGAUUUUUCACUUUCAAGCCCCUAAAUGAACCAGCACUGUGCAGCCAAAAACCAAGUCUUCGCAAAUCCAAGGAAUUCAAUUCCAAGAAAUCCUUGGUUCAACUGCCUGUCCUCUCUCCAAUAUUUCCAAUUCCGCCCCAAACUCAGGAUCCAACACCAAUGCCAUAUCAACCACCCACAAGUCAAAACCUUUUGCCUCCUCUCCCAGAACUGCCUAAACUUCCACCACUGCCACAGCUCCCCCCUCUGCCUCCGCUUCCUGGGUUUCCGAAUUUCCCGAAAAAAGAAACCGAAACGUCGGAAAAAUCAAAAUCAACGUCAGACCCUUUGACAACAUUAGAAGUGCCGCUCCUUCCAUCACCACAGCCGGGUUUCGGGUUUCGAUUUCCACCAAAUCCGUUUCGGCCGCCUUCCUUUUUACCCCGGAGCCCGUUUCGGCCGCCUUCCUUUUUUCCCCGGAGCCCGUUUCGGUCGCCUUCCUUUUUUCCCCGGAGCCCGUUUCUGUCAUCUCCAUUGUCAAUUCCUCCUAACCCGGUUCUGAGGCCACCGCCUUCGAUAUUUCCUCGAAACCCUUUUCAGCCUUCACCGCCAGUGGUUGGUUUAACUCCUUCCCUCGCACCACCACCGGCUCCGGUUGGUCUUCCUCCAUUCCCAUUUCAACCAGCCCCUGGAUUCCCCGGCAUUCCACCAGUUAGAAAUUAGAAAACCUCUCGUUGAUUAAACAAGUACUUAUCCAUGUAAAAUUCCAGAAUAAUAUCUGUCAUGUGUAGCUCAAUUUUAACUUUGUUUUUAUCUUUCUAAACAAUAAACAUGUUUUAGGGCCUUUUGUGGAACUUGUAAUGUGAAGAAUGUAUUUUUGUUUGUUU